GAAGCAGUCGGCCUUGUCUUCACGUUUUGGGUCUUCUCGCGGUAACGUCAGUAUCGUUAGUAUGCAGCUAGCCUGUUAGCUAACUCCAUCGUUUCCAGGUUUCGUGUCGACCUGAAAACAUCAGACCAAGCGAGACACAAAAAGUCUGCGCGUCUGAACGUCAUUUUAAAGUCCAAGCUGCGUUCGGAACCGGAACCAUGCCGCACAGCUUCAUGCCCGGAGACCUGGUCUUUGCUAAAAUGAAGGGAUACCCCCACUGGCCAGCGAGGAUUGAGGAUGUAGCUGAUGGAGCAGUGAAGCCCCCACCCAAUAAAAUCCCAAUUUUCUUUUUUGGGACACAUGAAACCGCGUUCCUAGCAGCAAAAGAUCUUUUUCCUUAUGAAAAGUACAGAGAACGCUACGGAAAGCCCAACAAGAGGAAGGGAUUCAACGAGGGUUUAUGGGAGAUCCAGAACAAUCCUCAUGCCUCUUACAGCGCUCCACCUGUGCCGCCCAGCUCAUCCGACAGCGAAGGCAGCAACCCCGGAGAACGAACGGACGAGGAUGCUGAGGAGGAAGAGGAGGAGGAGGAGGAGGAGGACGCCAAGGUGCCUCAGAGAGCCGUCUCGGGUUCUGAAGACGAUUCAGAUUCUGGUAGUGAAGACGGAGGAAGAGGAGGAGUGAAGCGGAAACCGCAGGCGCCAAAGCGGCCUCCUCCUCCCAAAAAAGCUCGAGGCUCCUCCAGUGACCGAGGCCAAGAGAGCGGAUCUCCGUCUGAAUCCGAUCCUACUCCCUCAGACUCCGAUUCUGGAAAGAAUAGCGACCAGGACUUCACUCCAGAGAAGAAAGCUGGAGGUCGAGGUGGAAAGAAAGUUGGAGGCAGAGGGAAAAAAAAGAAAGCUUCGUCCGACUCGGAUUCGGAGUCGGGAUCCGGGUCAGAAAAGAAAGUGAUGGACAGCGACUCUGAGGAUGAGAAGCCGCGGCCGGCGCUAUCCGGAUCAGAAUCCCAGUCUGGUUCAAAGUCGGACUCGGAUUCCGACCCGCCUCCCCAGAAGGGUCCUCAGCCGCGCAAGAAAGAAAAGCCUGCACCAAAGCCUCGUGCGCGGAAACCCAAACCCGCCCCGGCCAAACAAGCACCUUCAUCCUCCUCCGACAGCGACAGUGACAGUGAACCCGACCGCAUCAGUGAAUGGAAGAAACGCGACGAGGAGCGCAGGCGAGAGCUGGAGGAGCGGCGAAAACGGGAGGAGGCCGAGGAGCUCCGCCGGUUACGCGAGAGGGAGAAGGAGGAAGAUGAAAAAAAGAAAAAAGACAAAGACAGGGGUAAAAAAGAGAGUGACAGCGAUGGCAGCAGCAGCUCAGAUGAAGGUAUAGAUGAUCACCCGCUGAAGAAGUCCAAGAAACCUCCUCCUCCUCCAAUCCCGGCUCCUUCAGACUCAGAUUCUCCUCCUCCAGUUGAGAAAUCAAAGAAGCCGCCUAAGAAGCUGGACAACCAGAAGAAGGCGAAAGUAAAGAAGGAGAAAGAGAGAAAAGAAAGAAAGGAGAAGGAGCUGAAGGAGAAGAAAGCCAGGCGGUUAGAGGAGAAGUCCAGAUCGAGGUCAAAGCCUGAAAAACCCAAACGCAGACCAGAGCGGCAGCACGAGAAGAAACCAGAGAAGAAGAAGGAGCAAUCUCCAGAGGAAAAGUUACAGAAACUCCACACAGAUAUCAAGUUUGCACUCAAAGUGGACAACCCAGAUAUUGAGCGAUGUCUACAAGCCCUGGAGGAGCUGGAGGCCGUACCUGUGACCAGCCACAUCCUUCAGAAAAACGCCGAGGUCAUCGCCACGCUGAAAAAGAUUCGGCGGUAUAAAGCCAGCACGGCCGUCAUGGAGAAAGCUACUGACGUCUAUAAUAAGUUAAAACUACGUUUUGUGGGUAAAUCGGAGGUUCCUGCUAAAAUGAAGACGGAGACGAAGGAUGAGGAAAACGAUAAGGAAACACAAAAUACUGUUAAUGGAGAAUCAGGAGAGAAGAAAAAUGACACAGAGGUGGAGGACAAACCCAAAUCUCCCCCGGAGGAGGAGAACAACCAGGACGCAUCUUCCAGUCCCAACAGGCACAGCCCGGACAGCCCAGCUGAACAACAGACAGGCCCCUACGAGGAAGCUGCUGCAGAGCAGCCCGCGAUAGAAAGCUAAAGGACUCUGUGCCCCCCCACAUGCAGCGGACCAAGUGCUAAAUGAUGGCGGCCUCAUCUUGACGUCAGACCCCUCCCACCAACCCCAAAACACUGCAGAACACACCAUUUGUUACAUCAGCGUAGACGUUUUUGGCAUUUUGUGGUACAGCGAAACCAAAAAGCUUCUAAACUCACGCCGUUUCUUCUGUUGUUCCUCAACAGCUUUUGUACAGCAUGCUAGGAAGCCCCUUUUUUAUUUCUGACGUGUACUUCUUCUGCACAACACUGACCCGGAUCCUCACCCGCAGCCUCCGAUCCCGUAAAAGAUAAACCGUUAUGUUGAUAUUUCACGCCACGAGUACGUUAAUGAUCUUUUUAACCUUUCCCGGACUCGAAGGUGGUAUGAGAUGAAACUUGAGUUCAAACGGAAAAAAGAAACAAGAUUUUUGUGUUGAUCAGCUGCUCGGAGGAUUUUCUUACAUCACUUUGCUUCAUUUUAUAAAGCCUGCCAAACAUCACGAAGGCCUCCUGUCUGUCUGUAUGGAAAUGUAAGAGUGAUGAAGUCAUAUUUGUGAGUUUGAUUUUUUUUAAAGGUAAAUAUAUUUUUUAAAUUAUCUAGUCUAGAUCAUGGUAACACAACAUUACGUAUAACGACAAACGUUUCCAUCUGUGAUCCACUUGAUCUUCUGUAGGAUUCAAGUUCUGUCUGAGGCGAGGAUCCAUGCGGAUCCAACACCAGAACUUUUGGCUUUCAGUAACCGAGAGGCAGAACGGACUGAAAACGGCCUGUUGAGCUCAUUCUGACAUCCUUCUGUCCUGUGAAUAAAACGUGUCUUUUUAGUGCUAUGUAAAGUGGUAAAGCAUUUCUAUCACUUAGCUGAGACUUGAAUAAAGAUCCUAUCCUGA